GAAGAGAUAAGUGUCUAUCUUUCUUAGGCAGAAAUCCUUUUCUUCCUCCCGACCUUUCCUUCCCUCGUUCAGAGCGAGGGAUUGAUAGAAAAGAAGGGGAAGAAGUUUCCGGAUUGAAUUUUUGGAGAUUGUUCUUAGCCAUGGAUUCUUCAUCUGUUUCAGUCGAUGGGACUUCUGGGUUGAAAGACAAAGAGUCAAUGGUUGACCCCUUCUUGGUUGAGGCUCUCCAAAACUCUCGUCACCGUCUGACUAUUUUGCGGAUGGAACUCGACAUCCAGAGGUUUCUGAAUAAUGCUGAUCAGCAGCAUUUUGAGUUCCAACAUUUCCCUUCUUCUUAUCUCCGUCUGGCAGCACAUCGUGUUGCUCAACACUAUGGCAUGCAAACAAUGGUUCAGGAUGGUUUAGACGGCCAUGGAAGUAAAAUUAUGGUGAGAAAAUUGGCAGAAAGCAGAUACCCUGUGGUUCGCUUAUCUGAAAUACCUGCCAAACAGCUAGAAAUUGAUAAACCUGAGCAGAUUAAAAUUGCCAUUAGGCCGAGACCCUGCAGAACCAAUGUAAAUGAAGCCAAUGAAGCAGGGAGAACAGGAAACUUUUUGAGAAGCAUGGAAGAAAGGAAAGAGGAAUAUGACCGGGCACGAGCUCGCAUCUUUAGUAUCUCUAGAAGUUCUGAUUUGAAUCAUACACCAUCACAGAUUCCAUUGGAUGGAAGAAAUUCUUGUAAGAACAAAGAUGAAAAUGAAACUAGAAGGAAUUCCAUAGCGGAUUCCGAAAAAUGCAAUAGUGGGAGGGACAUAGGUUCUACUCGAGUUGCCAUUUUCAGAGACAGGGAAAAGGAUCGUAGUGAUCCUGAUUAUGAUCGUAGCUACGGAAGGUAUGCUAGGAGCACUCCAAACGCUAUUCUCAACUUGGUGCCCUAUAAUUUGCCAGAAGUUCAGCCUUCUCUUGCUCAAUAUGAGCCCACUCUUAAUCAGAUGGGUCAUAUGUCACAAACUCAAGCUUCACUUGGCUUUGUACCCCCGACCAACCCCGUAAUGAGUCCCUUUGCCGCAGGAGUGAAUCAGUCAUCCGUGAACGCUGCUUACCUACAGUGGCCAAGUGCUGCUAUGAUGUACGCCCAUACAUAUGACCAGUUUAGACAUGCGGUUUACCAGGCUCCAUUUGGUCAGCAACCACUGAGUUUUGACUAUGCUCAGAACUACUGAAUAUUAAUUGGGUGGGAGGAGUUAUUGAUUUGCAUGCACCAAGUUAGCGUAGCUUCAGGUUUAGGUUGAUUUCUCAGUUCUGUUGUAGACCCUUGUAUCGGUUGUAGCAGUUUACCUUUCUGUUUUCAAUUUUGAUGGUUAUAGCUUAAGCAUUUACGUUCAUUGUUUCUAGCGAUGCUCUUCAGGUUUCCUUGAAAGAAAAUUCAAACGCCCUUUAAAAUAUCAAUUCACUUUCUCCA